GCUGUUCGUCCGGGGCUGGGCGGAGCCUCAAGCUAAGUGGUCGCUGCGUCUGAGCACCGGGUUGGACAAGCCGCUGUGUGCCCUGGGCGGACGUGAGUGGAAAGAAGAUGGCGGUGCAGGUGGUGCAAGCUGUGCAGGCGGUUCAUCUUGAGUCUGACGCUUUCCUAGUUUGUCUCAACCAUGCUCUGAGCACAGAAAAGGAGGAAGUGAUGGGUCUGUGUAUAGGGGAGUUGAAUGAUGACAUAAGGAGUGACUCUAAAUUUACAUACACUGGAACUGAAAUGCGCACAGUCCCAGAAAAGAUGGAUACCAUCAGAAUUGUUCAUAUCCAUUCUGUCAUCAUCUUGCGGCGUUCUGACAAGAGAAAGGACCGUGUAGAAAUUUCUCCAGAGCAACUGUCUGCAGCUUCAACAGAGGCAGAAAGGUUGGCUGAACUAACAGGUCGUCCCAUGAGAGUAGUUGGCUGGUAUCAUUCCCACCCUCAUAUAACUGUUUGGCCGUCACAUGUUGAUGUUCGUACACAAGCCAUGUACCAAAUGAUGGAUCAAGGCUUUGUGGGACUUAUUUUUUCCUGUUUCAUAGAAGACAAAAAUACAAAGACUGGCCGGGUACUCUAUACUUGCUUCCAAUCCAUACAAGCCCAAAAAAGCUCAGAGUAUGAGAGAAUUGAAAUCCCAAUCCAUAUUGUACCUCAUAUCACUAUUGGGAAAGUAUGCCUCGAAUCUGCAGUAGAGCUGCCAAAGAUCCUGUGUCAGGAAGAACAGGAUGCAUAUAGAAGGAUUCACAGCCUUACACAUCUGGACUCAGUGACCAAGAUCCAUAAUGGCUCAGUAUUUACCAAGAAUUUGUGCAGUCAGAUGUCAGCAGUCAGUGGGCCUCUACUGCAGUGGUUGGAGGACAGAUUGGAGCAAAACCAGCAGCAUUUGCAGGAGUUGCAACAAGAAAAGGAAGAGCUUAUGGAAGAGCUGUCUUCCCUAGAAUAAAGCAGGAGAACAACAAAAAAAUGUGGGCAGGUGAAAAUACCUGGCAUACAAUUUAUUAAAUCAAUUUUGAAAAAGAUAAAGUUGGAGGGCCUACAUUAUUAUAAAGCUACAGUAAUCAAGAUACUAUGAUUUUUGCAGAAGAAUCAAUGCAAUAGGAAAGAAAAAUCAGAAAUAAGCCCACAAUAAUAUGCUUAACUAAUUUUGAAAAAGUACAAAUGUGAUUCAAUGAAGAAAAAACAGUCAUUUCAACAAAUUGAACCUCCACAAGCCAACAAAGUAUAUUCUAAAAGUACCUCCAAAUAUAUCAUGCAUUUAAAUGUACUAUGGAAAACCUAGAAAAAAUAUUCAAGAAAAAUUUUCAGGAGUUAAGUACUUAAUAUUCAACUCAAAAGCACAAUUUCAUAAGAAAACAAGUAGAUCUAUUGGACUUCAUCAAAAUUAAAGCUUUCUAUUCUGCAAAACUAUUAAGAGAAAAUCAUGUAAUAUCUGAUCAAUGAAAAGAUAUGCUUAAAACUCAAAAUUAAACAAUACCAGUAGAAAAUGAAAAAAGACUUUAACAUUGUCACUACAGUGGGUAUAUAGAUGGCAGGUAAUUAUGUGCAUAUAUAUUGAAUCUUAUACAUCAUUGAA